AUGCUUAUCCUGUGGCGCCCUUCACCGCUCGUACCUGAUGUUUCGCAUGAUGCAAAAUCCCUACAAUUCAUCUUCGAAUCGGCAAAACAGAGCAUCACAAUUUACGCGAGCCUCCACAAGUCCCGCAAGAUUAACUACAGUUGGAUUACUUUGCAGUCAGUAUUCCUUGCCGGUCUGUCAUAUGUAUAUGCCUGCGGUCGCCACUUCCGCUCACGCUGGCGAAACCCUUCGGAGCCAUCCUUGCAGAAAGACCCGACGACCAUCGAAGUAGUGAACGACACAAGGGCUUGCUCAAAUGUGCUGGUAGCCGUCUCCGAACGUUGGAACGCACUCAGGAAUUGCCACGAAGUAUUCGACAGACUGUCGGAUGCCAUCUUGAGUGAUGCAAUCAAGCUUCAGACCGCACAAGCACAACACAUGGCUCAAUCUAUGGUAGCGCAACCUGUCGGUAUGAAUAACAACCACAGCAAUAAUUUCAACAACACUUUGAUGACGCCGCGGGACGCAACCACAUUCUCCCCGUUAGCGGUCGACACGGAGUUUCUGCACUGUUUUGACGAUUUGCAGCAACUGUACAACAUGCAGCAAAUUGAAGAUCCAAUCAUGGAGUUGAGUCAAGACUGGCUCGGAUAUCUAGGCAACGGUAGUGAGUUUGUCGAGCCUUCGUAUCAGAUACCGGGGUAUUGA